GUUCUACAGGUAGAUGAUUGCCCUAACCUUCUCCUUCUCCAUCUCGACGGAGACGGGAGUUCUAGUCCAUACACACAGUCCGCCUCCAUCGCUAUACCUUCUCCUUCAUCAGGGAUGAGUUCCUGGGUUGACUAGGUUCCAGAACCCUUAAAAUAAAGAAUUAAGAGAUGGAUCUGGAGACGGAAAAUAGAAUUGCUGCGAUUCUGAUGAAAGAGGCAGCAGAAUUGCGGCGACAAGCUGCAAGAGAUGGAGUGGAUGCAUAUCUUCGGCCUAACGUAAGGGGUCGGCCAAAUUCACGUUUCCUCACUGCAACUGUUCUUGGUGUACAACAGUCUAAUCGAGCCGUUGAAGUAAAUGAGAUGUGGCGGGCACGUCAGAAGGAGAAAGAAAUGGAUGACAGGGUUAAGAAAUCCGAGAAACGAGAUAGAAGUAAUGGAGUUAGAGAUUCCCAAAAGGAUGUAAGGUUUGAGGAUUAUGAAAGGAACCGGACUUCUAUCUGCUCUUCAAGCAAAAGCACAAGUGAAGAUGGACUAAGGGACAAAGAAAUCGAGGAAUUCUUGCACUCAAGGGCCAAGCGUGGUAGGGGUGCAGUUGGGUCCAGGAUGGAUGAGACAGGUCCAUACCUCCCUGAUUCCAAAGGAAAGAGCGCGGAUGACAUAGGAUAUAGAGAAAGCUGGGAUAAUCGAGCUAUUUUAGGUCCAGAAAAGCCUCCUAAUCUGAAGUCAAACUCAUAUUCGGAUGAAGAAAGAGAGAGAAGGGGUAGCAGAAAGCAUAAAUCAAAAGAGAAGUCUAAAGAUAAGAAAAAGAAAAGGGAGAAGAAAAGAAGUAAACAUCACAAGUAAGAUUAUCUUAUCUGUAAUCUGUACAGUCAU